UUUUCUCGCCUCUGUUUUUUUUCUCUUCUUCAAAUUUCUAGAACCCACAUCGCUUUCUUUAAUUGGUCUCUUGUGCCUUUAUAAAGUCACGUACACGGAUGAGCAACAAAGACUCGUAUCACUUUAUUCUUUUGGGGGAAGGAAUUAGGAGUAGUUAUGGUCUUGGUUUUGGGUUUGUUUCAGACUGAUCCUCAAACUAACCAUGGAAGCUGGUAGAGGCAAAGCUCGAACCAAUACUGUUCUCUCUCGCUUCUUCCUCGCUGGGUUUUAUUGCUGGGGUUGGGAGUUCCUCACUGCCCUUCUUCUCUUCAGUUGCUAGCUCUUCCUUUUCAACACCCCUCCUAAUCUAGACUAGCUAUAUCUAACCGAGUAUUAUUCUGUUCUCCAAACCCUAAAUCCGGGUUUUUAACAAUUUUUAGAAUCUAGAAGUAUAUACAGAUGAUCAAAAUGGCUCAAAGGUCAGUUCCGGCGCCGUUUCUGAUGAAGACGUUCCAGUUGGUGGAUGAUCCGGCCAGCGACGACGUGAUAUCUUGGAACGGAAGUGGGACGGCGUUUGUGGUUUGGAAGACGGUGGAUUUCGCCCGGGAUAUGUUGCCUAAUUAUUUCAAGCACAACAACUUCUCAAGCUUCGUUCGCCAGCUUAACACCUAUGGCUUUCGAAAGACCGUGCCGGACAAAUGGGAGUUCGCGAACGACAACUUCCGGCGAGGUGAGAAGGAGCUGCUCUCCGAGAUCCGCCGCCGCAAAUCGGUGUCUUCAUCUCCGGCUCAGGCCAACGCAGCUGAAAAAUCGGGCGGAGACGCCCCGUCAACCCCGUCCAACUCCGGCGAGGACCUGGCGUCAACUUCCACGUCUUCGCCGGACUCGAAGAAUCCGGGAUCGGUGGAGACAGCGGCGGCGGUGUGCCAGGCGGUGGACUUAUCCGGCGAGAACGAGAAACUGAAGAAAGACAACGAGACGCUGAGCUCGGAGCUUGCACAAACAAAGAAGCAGUGUGAUGAGCUGGUGGCGUUUCUGAUGGAGUACAUGAAGGUCGGGCCCGAUCAGAUCAAUCAGAUUAUGCGGCAAGGAAGCUUAGGGUCCAGUUGUGAUGUUGAUGAUCAUGGUCGUGGUCACAGUGAGAAUGAUAAUGACGAAAAAGUUGUGGCGGGAGAAGAAGAGGGUUUGAAACUGUUUGGGGUUUGGCUGAAGGGGAACGAGAACGAGGAGAAGAAGAAAAGGAGGGAGGAGAAAUCGGGUGGUGGUGGUGGUGGGCCGCAAGCGAAGAAGAUGAAGAUGGCGGAGUUUCACGCGCCGCUCAGGAAGAGCGGGAAGGUGUGCAACUAAAAAGCUGGGGUCGGUGCAUAUGGUAACUUGGUAAGGCCUAUGGAUCGGCUCGUAUAGAAGACGAAACGUUAUGGAAUUAUCAAUCCAAUAGUUCCAUGGAAAGCAAUAGAGUUUUACUUUGUUUAGAUGGGUGUGUUAUGUAAUUGUAAUAAGGAUGAUGAAUUGGUUUAUGAAACUUCUUGUACAAUUGAAGAUUACAGACCUCUGUUAGGGAGAUGGAGAUUAAAUGGUCUCUGCCCUUUAUACUCGUAGAAAAGUAGAUUUUGUAAUUUUUGAAUGUUUGGGGAAAUUUGCCUAAAUAUAUAUUUCACAUUGUUGAGAAA